AUGUCGCCUGCCAACACAAAGAACCUCUACGCCAACGGACAGGAGCCCGCACGCUACGGCUUCGGUACGCUGGCCAUCCACGCCGGUGCCGAGCCCGAUCCCCACACCGGAGCGGUGAUCCCGCCGCUGUCGCUCUCGACGACCUUCAAGCAGAGGGCAGUGGGUGACUUCGUCUACGAGUACUCGCGCUCGGACAACCCGAACCGGGCGCACCUUGAGACGGCGAUCGCGGCGCUGGAGCACGCCAAGCACGGGUUUGCGUUUGCCUCGGGAUCGGCGACCACGGCGACGGUGCUGAACACAUUGCAGCCGGGCUCGCACGUAAUCAGCGUCAACGACGUGUACGGCGGCACGCACCGGUACCUGAACAAGGUGGCCGGCAGCCUGGGCGUCGAGACGACCUUUGUCGACCUGGCGGAUGCCGAGAACCUGCGCGACGCGGUGCGCGAGAACACCAAGAUGGUGUGGAUCGAGACGCCUACCAACCCGACAUUGCGGCUGGUGGACAUUGUAGCCGUGUCGGCGAUUGCCCAUGAGGCUGGGCUGUACGUGGUGGUGGACAACACGUUCCUGUCGCCGUACUUCCAGAACCCGCUGGACCUGGGCGCCGACCUGGUGGUGCAUUCGGCGACGAAGUAUAUCAACGGCCAUUCGGAUGUGGUCAUGGGCGUGGCUGCCACCAAUGACGAUGCGCUGGCGUCCAAGAUCCGCUUCCUGCAGAACGCCAUUGGCGCCGUGCCGUCGCCGUUCGACUGCUACCAGGCGCACCGCGGCAUCAAGACGCUGCAUCUGCGCAUGCGCCAGCAUGCGGAGAAUGCGCAGCGCGUGGCCGAGUUCCUCGAGCAGUCGCCGUAUGUCGACAGCGUCGUGUAUCCGGGCCUGCAGUCGCACCCGCAGCAUGAGCUUGCUAAGCGCCAGAUGCGCGGCUUCGGCGGCAUGCUGUCGUUCCGCAUCAAGGGCGACACCAACACUGCCGACCGCUUCCUGCAGCGCACCGCGCUUAUUACCCUGGCCGAGAGCCUGGGCGGCGUCGAGAGCCUGGCUGAGCUGCCGGCCCGCAUGACCCAUGCCGGUCUGUCGCCCGAGGAGCGCAAUGAGCUGGGUAUCACUGACAACCUGAUCCGCCUGUCGGUUGGUGUCGAGGACGGCGAUGAUCUGCUGGCUGACAUUGCCCAGGCUCUGGCUAGCGCUGUUGCCGACAACUAA